CCAUUACGUUGAUGUUUGUGGAUUUUGUUAACCAACACUUUCAAAUACAAAAUACUUGGACAUAAAUACUAGGGACACGUUUUAAGUGAGUGAUUUUGGGUUUGGAAAUAUUCUAUUGCUCACCUACAAUUUUGCUCUCCAUGAACCGUGUAAGCUAUAACCAUGACAACCACAUGUCAAAAAACACCAAACCCCGACAGCACGACCAAUCAAAUGGCAUUGGCAAGAACCAAUCUUGCAAGUAAAAAACCCAUUCCCAAUCAGAUCAACGGUUUUCAUCAACUCCACGUGGCCGAGGUUAAGCAUAAAACCCAGGAUCUUCCUCCACGCCUCCAUUCUUCCCUCUUUUUCUUUUACGUCAAAUGGCAUGCCUUUCUUGUUUCUAGCUCUAAAAAAUAAAUCGUGCCAUUAUCAAACCGUUUUCCGAAUUAUCCAUUGACAAUAUCCACGUAAGACUAAAUAUAAGACGUAUAUAAAUACCCAUUUGGACCCUCAAGAAACACAAGCCAAAAAGGAACAUAAACGGAAGAAAGAAAAAAUAAAGAAAAAGAGAGAGAGCUUUGAGUUUCAGAGAUGGAGAGAAAGAGAAAUAACCAGAAAGUUUCUUGGACUAGAGGGAAGUGUUUAGGCAAAGGCUCUUUUGGAACUGCAACAUUGGCAACCAAUGAAUCCAACGGUGCCGUUUUCGCGGUUAAGUCCGUCGAUUUGGCAACGUGUCUUCCUAGCCAGUUGGAGUCUUUGGAGAACGAAAUUAGGAUCCUCCGUUCGCUUUCCUCUCCAUAUGUCGUUGAGUAUCUCGGCGAUGAUGUGACCAGGAAUGAGUCCCCGACGACGUCUUACCGGAAUCUUCACAUGGAGUACAUGGCAGGUGGUACCGUUGCGGACGAAGCGAUUGUUAAGUCCCGGUUGGCUGACGUGGAGGAGAAGAUUUUGCGGUGGCACACGCGGUGCUUAGUUUCGGCUUUGAAGUACGUACACAGUGAAGGCAUUGUUCACUGCGAUGUAAAAGGGAAAAAUGUUCUGGUGGGCCAUGAUUUAACAUCCGUAAAGCUCGCGGAUUUCGGCUCAGCAAUGGUUGAGAUUAAAAAUGAAAGCUCGGGUGACAGGUGUAGGUCCGAGAUAUGGCCACGUGGAAGCCCUCUCUGGAUGGCUCCGGAGGUGAUUCGCGGUGAGUAUCAAGGACAGGAGAGUGAUGUUUGGUCUUUAGGCUGCACCAUCAUCGAGAUGGUCACCGGGAAGCCAGCUUGGAAGGAUCAAGGCUUCGAUUCACUAAAUCGAAUUGCUAAUUCAGAGGAAUUGCCAGAAUUUCCAGCUCAGCUAUCUGAACUAGGUAAGGAUUUCGUGGAGAAGUGUUUGAGAAGGGAUCAGAAUCAAAGGUGGAGUUGCGAUCAGCUGCUGCAGCAUCCAUUUGUAGCAUCAGCUUCAGCGCCUAUUAUGAUCGGGGAAUCAUCUCCCCGCUGUGUGCUCGAUUUCACCAGCACCCAUUUCGAAAAGGCCGAAGAUACGGAGAGUUUUGAAGCUUCGGCGAGGGAAAGGAUUGGUGAAUUAGCGACGGAAGGAGGGGCAAUUUGGGAAUCAGAUCGAUGGGUGGCGAUAAGGGGUUACCCUCCUGAAUCAGGUGCAAUCUGUGAUGAAGGGACAAUCACGGAAUAUCCGGACUCGAUGAGAACAGAGAAGGAAACGGAAGAGACUAGUUCGGUAUAUUCGGGUUCGAUGGGGAUUACUCAAGGAAUUGGAAGCACGGGUUUGGUAUUGUUCGAUUGUUUUGAUAACACCGUUGUGUGGCAAAGUAGUAAUUACGAGAGUGUGAAAGGGCUAAAAUGGUCGUCAAGUAGUGCACCAUGUUGCGAUUCUUUGGCUGGUUCGUGCUGUCGGGAUACGUCAGAAAAGGUGGAGUUAACGGCGGAGAAGGAAAAGUUGAGAGUCCACAGAUUUUGUAAUUUAUUAUUACAACUAUUCUUGUGUAUUUUAAGAAUAUUCAGAUACAGCAUAAGGAUGUUUUCUAAUUACUCCUUCGCUACUAUAUUCUUUACAUUUCAUUCUCAGCCUCAAAUUUUUUUUGGUCAUGCGAUCCCCAUCGUUUCUUUUUCACCCUCACAUCAAACCUUGUUUGAAAGUAAAAAGUUAUUCUAAAAUUUCUCGGUCAGUCAUCACAAAGAAAGGCAUUGCACAAAAUGGAAAAGCUUUGUCAUAGGCCACUAAUAUCAUUGAUGCCACACAUUCUUUGAACAACAUUAAGGGUGUUGGAAGCUUGAAAUUUUAGUCUCAAUUUCUACUUUCAUUGGGACUUUGUUUAUCAAGAAAUAGAAAUAUACUAGUACUAUUUUGCUUUUGGAAAGGAUAAGUAUAAUACGGUAGCAAUUUGAGGAUAUUGUUGGAGACUAUUAUCUUUUUUGCACCGAAAGGGGCAUCCAAGUCCUCUCCCUCUUCUACUUGUCUCCUAGUAUUAACUAUUAUGGUGCUGAUUUGUUGACCAUUGGCCGUAGGGAAAAGGCACACCACAAGAUUGGGUCGGUUCAACGCACAAGUUGCUGUGUGAGUGUGGGAAUGGAUAAACUUUCUAUUUAACCUCAAUCUACACUUCUUAUCCUUUUAAGUUAUAUAUGCUUAGAUGACGGGAAACAGAGAUUUAUAGAAACCAUAUAUAAUUAAGACCUAUUAGUCGAUUAAGAAAUGAAAGAGCCUGAUUCCCUGCUCUUCCCGGUAAAAUGAAAAUUUUAUGUUUUAACUCCUCCUUUAAAAUUCAAUUAUUUAUAAAUUAAAAGUUAUAAAAUUUUAGACUUACAAUGA